CCCGUCCUGCGCUUGGCAGAGGGGAGCCGCGGCCAUGGCGGGCAGCGUCGCGCUGCAGCGGAGCGUUGUGUCCCCGGCGGGCAGGCACCGCGCCUCGGUGAUCCUGCUGCACGGCUCAGGUGACACUGGCCCAGGAGUAAGAGCAUGGAUCAAACAAAUUCUGAAUCAGGAUUUGGUUUUCCAGCAUAUAAAAGUAAUUUAUCCAACAGCUCCUGCCAGACCGUAUACACCUAUGAGAGGAUCCCUCUCCACUGUGUGGUUUGACAGAUGGAAGAUCUCUAAUGAGUGUCCAGAACAUAUUGAAACCAUUGACUCAAUGUGUCAGGUGCUUACAAACGUGAUUGAUGAUGAAGUUAAAAAUGGCAUCAGCAAGAACAGGAUAAUUUUAGGAGGUUUUUCAAUGGGAGGUGGCAUGGCAAUGCAUUUAGCAUACAGGUAUCAUCAAGAUGUGGCUGGAGUCUUUGCUCUUUCUAGCUUUCUCAAUAAGACAUCUGCUGUUUACCAGGCUUUACAGAAAAAUGAAAGUGUCCUUCCUGAAUUAUUUCAGUGUCAUGGAACAGCUGAUGAGUUAGUUCUGCACUCGUGGGGUGAAGAGACCAACAAGAUGUUAAACUCAUUAGGAGUAGCAACAUCUUUUCAUAGUUUUCCAAAUCUUAAUCAUGAGUUACACAAAACUGAACUGGAAAAAUUGAGCUCCUGGAUUCUAAAGAAAUUGCCUGUGGAGACAGCAAUGUCAAAUAAAUAAAUGAAAUUAACUUAACAUUUCAAAAUAACAUGUUUAUGUACGGCAAGGACUUGCCUGCACUAACAGUUAAUGUACAGCAGGCUAGUAUGAGGUAAAUCUACAACCCAGCUUGCCACACACGAAGUGUCCGUGUGAAUCCUGCCUCCUCUCUACUUCCCUGCUUUGAAACAGGAGUAGAUCAAAGUGCACAGUGAAUGGUUAGUACAUGGCAGCAUGGUCCACAUAGACAGUUAGUGCGUGGAAAACUAGGGUGUGUCUUCUGCACACUAGCCUGCAUCACAUUAACUGUUCAUCUAGACAGGCUCUAAGGGUGCAUCAUCUAUUUCGUAAAUACAAAUCCAGCUUCAUAUAGACACUUACAUACAACUUUCUUACAACCUAGUUCGGAUGAUGAUAAACUACUGAUACUUACUAUGUUUUUACUGUCCAGUAUGCAAAACAUGAAGCUACAACAUUCUGUGGAAGAUACGGAGAGUAUUAAAACCAUUUAUAGAUGGGCCAAACUAUCUUCAAAACUUUUAAUAUAUAUUGUUCCAUGAGUUUCCAGAUCAUCCUGUUUUUGUUCCAAGAUGGAAAAAUCUGUAAUUUUUUUUAAAAAGUUAAAAAUAACUUUACAGUCUACAAACGUAGCAGUGUGUAAUAUAAGGCAAGUUACAUUUGAGGAAAAAAUUAUGGUGCCAUUCCUGCAAAGACUUAAGCGUGUGCAUAACUUUACAGUAUGUAAAGUGAAACACACAUGUACAGGGUUGUACUGCACUUCACAGAAAUCAUUAAGGUUUGUGUUAAAAUGAGAAGUUUAGCUUCAGCACUGAUGCUUGUUGUUACUAUCACUGUAGUGAUAUUUAGAAAUCUAGUUUUGGAAUAGCUGUUAAAGCUGUAUUUGGUUUGUUUUUGUUUUGUUUUUUUUAGGUAUAGGGAAUAAUGCAGUGAAAGAUGCCAUAAUAGUUCUUAAAUAUACCCUGUUUUUGGAGA